UUCAACAUUGAAGAGUACAAACUCGGCGCUUCUUCUGCUGCUUCCUGUGGCGGGCUAAGGAUGUGGAGGCUCGAGUCUUUGAGGGAGCUGAUCAGCCAGCGGCUCAGCGCCGCCGUGGACGACAUCCUGGGGCACGUGGAUCGCACCAUCCGGGAGUUUGAGGAGGAGACGGAGCUGCUGGAAGGGAAGCAUGUCGGAGCAGUGUUUGCUUCGGACAUCCAGCAGCUACUGUUGAGGAAAGAUGAACAUCAACAGAGGAGCUUUAGUCCAGACCAGCAGGACCAACAGAAUCAGGAACCCCUGCAUAUUAAAGAGGAACAGGAGGAACUUCAAGGUCUGGAGGAGGCUGAUGUCACCAAGUUUCUAUUUAGUGCUGUCCCUGUGAAGAAUGAAGAUGACGAAGAGGACCCUCAGUGCUCACAGCUUCACCACAGCCAGACUGAGGUUGUCAGAGAUUCUGUGAGAGGACCAGUACCAGAACCCAGUCCAGAUCAUUUACCUGUUUUACAACCAUGUACUGAUUACAGGACUUCUUCUGAUCAUGAGGAUAGCAGUUUGGGAUGUAAUGACUUAAAGAAGUCUUUCAGCUGCUCAGAGUGUGGGAAGAUUUUUGCUUAUAAGGCCCAGCUGGAGUCACACAUGCGAGCUCACACAGGAGAGAGGCCAUUCAGAUGCUCCGUUUGUAAGAAAUGUUUUUCAUGGAGGGGACGUUUACAGAAGCACAUGAAAAUCCACACUGGGGAGAAACCCUUCAGCUGCUCUGUGUGUGGCAAAGGUUUUAUAGAAAGUGGAAACCUGAAAGUGCACAUGAGGAUCCACACAGGAGAGAGACCAUUCAGCUGUUCCAUCUGUGGUAAAAGAUAUGCUCAAAGGGGGAAUUUGAAACAACACAUGAGGAUCCAUAGGGGAGAGACUAUGUUAAGCUGCAGCACUUGUGACAAACAUUUCACUUGGCUUUAUGAGAUCAACAACCACAAGUGUGUUCAGUCUUUACAGCUUCAUCACAACCAAACUGAAGACAAAAUAAACUCUGUGGUAGGACCAGAACAAGCCAGGAACUCAGACACAUUUUUAGAGCCACAUACUGACAAAAAGACUUCACACUGUUCUGAGCAUAAAGGAGUCCCAAUUAGUAGUAUGGGAUGUAAUGACUGCAAGAAGUCAUUCAGCUGCUCAGAGUGUGGAAAGAAGUUUGCCUAUGAGGGACAGCUGAAUGCCCACAUGAGGUCUCACACAGGAGAAAGGCCAUUUAGGUGUAUGCUUUGUAGAAAAACUUUCUCUUGGAAAAGAUGUUUACAGAAGCAUAUGAGAAUUCACACGGGGGAAAAACCAUACACCUGCACAGUAUGUGGUAAAACUUUCAAUGAAAGUGGAAAUCUGAAGGUGCACAUGAGGAUUCACACAGGAGAGAAGCCGUUCAGCUGCUCUGUGUGUGGGAAAAAAUACACUCAAAAGGGUACUCUAAUUAAACACUUAGAAGUCCACAGAGAGGAGAAAUGAUUCAAGUGUUUGUUUAGCUGCAGCUUAUUUCUGCUCAUUUCAAGCUAUAUUUUUUUUGCGUAACUUUGUGUGAUUGACAGUCCAAAAUAGUCCUUAAUUAUAUUAUUUUUAAUUAUAUUUUGUUUUUAUACUUAACCUAGAACAAACCCAUUGAGACAAACUGCACUGAGCUUCUAGAUCAUAGGAAUUAUAGUUUUACAUGUUGUUUACACAUUAUCUGAAACUUGGGGAACAUUUAAUUUGAAAUUCUGACACUGUAACUUUAUAUAUGCUUACUUAUGGUAACAUGCCUUCCUUUACAGCUGUUGGUAUCAAUCUAAUUGUUGAGUUCUUGUAAAGCAAAGACUGUGGACAUAGCCACCUUGACAACACAGUGGUCUGUGGUGAAGCCUCUAUCCAAGCAUUUUUCAGGAAAGUGUUUGUUUACUGAGCUCAGAGAUCAGGUGUUUGUCUUUGAAGUUGAAGUUUGUCUUUAAAGUUAUCUUCUCGAGUGACUCAAACUCAGUUAUUGAAUAUAAUGUUUUACAUUUCCCAGUGGCUGUCAGACUUCCAAAGAUUGUUUAAUCUCUGAAUCCAAAGAAGAAAUAAAUGUAUAGUUAUAGCUAAGAAGCAUUAUACACAAUUGUACACUUCAAAGUAUGAUACUUCAUCAUUGUUAAAAAUGUUUGUGUUCCAGAUAGAAAGUUUAAACAUAAAAGAAUCUUCUUUAUAUUGUUGCUGCAAAAAGUCAAACUGUAACGAGCACUGCUGAGCACUUGGCUGUUUUUGUUUUGUAAUGGGGGGAGUGGGGUCAAAGUACUGUUAAAGUAAAUCAGUGAACAAGUGUGUGAUGUUUGAUGGGUCUAACUUGAACAGUAUGCAUCUAUGGU